GAGCGAGCUGGCGCCGGAGUGAUUCACCUUUCCCGGCCCUUCUGGCUCGCCCCAACUCCGGAUCUGGGCGGAGGGGCCCUGGGGCGUGUUUCCCCACCCCUUGCGGACUUCGGAACUGACUCGGACUGACUGGCGCCGGAAAAGGAGUGAGCUCUACUGGACGACAGUGGGUUUGGGUCCUGAAAGAAUGCGGGCCCUGCCGGCUGUGGACGCGCUUGCCAGAAUGCGACCACCUCUCCGGGACCCCAGGGCGGCAGAGGACACUCACACCGCGAAGCCCGCGUGCAAGAGCGCGGUGGAGAGACUAGCGGCUGACCGUGCCAAGUUUGUUCGUAGCACGCCAAGAUCCAGCCGGGGUCCUGUUUCAGAGUGCAGGGUCCCUGAGGCCCCAGAGGUGCAGCACCACAACCCAAUCCCUUCGGCUCUUGCCCCAGCUCCUGUAACCCGCAGGGCUCUCUCUCGAAAGCCUCUGAGACCCGAUUCGUUGGUCAUCUACCGACAAAAAUGCGAAUUCGUCCGAGGGCCAGGCGCAGACUCUUCCAGAGCGGGGCUGGUGAAGAAAUUUUUCCAGGGGUCUAUCAAGGACAAAAUGCCAGUGACCCCUGAGACGACCAGAGAGUCAGGUGAGGACAAGACGAAGGAAACAGAGGCCACUUGGACCAAGUUCGGCCAGACGGCAGCCACUAGCCCAGUUUCUAUGUUACCAACUCCGGCCCCUGUAGUGGCCAUGAAGUACCCAGACGUGCCUUUGGAGGUGGCGUCUAAGGUUCCAGUCGCACCCUCCGGCAUGGAGCUACGGGUGUCGCGUCGCAGAGGAUUGCAGCGCUCUCAGUCAGAUCUCAGCUCCCGCUACUCGAUAGCCAGGGCUGAGUCCGACUCUGACACCUUCUUCCUGUAUUGCGGCCUGGAACCUGAAGUGGUGGAGGCCCUUGGGAGGGAGAACUUCUCUGCUGGAUCCGACUGUGUUACACUCAAAGUGCGUAGCGUAAGCAUGGCUACUUCUGAUAGUAGCUUCUCCAGGCGUAGCGAGGACGGAUUGCAAGAAGAGGAGCUCAUUGAACAGGUGCCUAGCACCACCUCUGUGAUAGAAAGGAACGCCCGUAUCAUAAAGUGGCUGUUCACCUGCAAGAAGGCCAAAGAAACCCCUAGUCAGAGAUUGCAGGGACCUGCCUGACUGACAUCUGAUCCAGGAAGCAAACUUUUCCAGUGAUGAAGGCACCCUUAAAUUGAAGAGACUCAUGAGGCAUGAUGUACCCCAACAAUACAUAAGUGCUGCUCUCUAGGAAUAAAGUACUCUGUUGACAAGCUUGUGUAUUAGCCAUGAUGAAGUGCUGUGGUGAAGAUGGAAGGGAGAUGUUAGUAGCUAUGAGAGGCAUUCUCCUUAUAAGAGUAUAUCUCAAAAGGCAGCUGAAGAAAUGACAGCUGUUGGAAAAUAUCUUCAGGACAUUUUUUUUUGCCUGACUUACUGACAGUUUCUGCAAUGUAUUGUGAUAAUAUGUAAAUAGAUGCUUUUAAAGAAAAGAAGAAAGUAUGAAAUCAAGCAUGGAUGCAAUAGUAUGCUCUUUGCAACUAACUUAUGCCACUUAACGUUCUGAGCACAAAGAGGUAUUCUGCUUAAGUGCUAUGGCUGAGACAAUCACCCAACACACACACACACCGGUGUCCAAGCUUUACUAUAACUAAACUGUAGUUAUUCCCAUACUAUACAACUGAUAGUCUUUUGUGAUGAUUUGAGAGGACAUUUAAAAUCACUUGAGGGCUUCAUGUUCAUUUUGUUAAUGUCACUUUCUUCUAGGUCAUAAGUAUGUGGGAACACCCAUUGGGAGAUUCAUGGGAAUAGAGAUCCUGCUUUAAAAAGAAAAGUACUUUUUUUUACUUCAUCAGUGACUUGAGAUUUGGCCAAUAUUCAUGGAGUCCUUCUGUUAGUUCUUUAACAAUGUUCCCAAUAGAAUGUGCUCCAUAACACCCUCAUUCUUACCUUCUAAUUGGGAUAGAAACUGGUUUACCCAUAAGGAGCACUUCCCUGGCCUGAGGUCUGGUUCCGCUUCACUUACCAUGGAAUUAGGUUUAGCAUCAAUUCAUUGCUUGCAGAGGACAUGUUUGGAAGCAAAGGCUGAUUCUGGGGUUUGAGAGGUGCUAGGUUCUGAGUAUGGGUAACAAGUUACUGGGCCCCUGGUUGUGAACUUGUCUGUAACAUUCACAAUAAAAGGAUUUUAGAUUCAGUAUCUUCUGAGAGAAUUAUGUGUGAACAACAACCCAAAAAAAUUGUCAGCCAAUCCUUUGAAAGUUUACUAUAUUUUUUCAAAACGUAUUCUUUAAUCUUAAAAUAUAAGAUCUGAAAAAAGAGUAUGGAAGAAAUUUCCAAAUGGUAAUAUUUUAUGUCAUUCCAUUUUGAAAUGUCCUUGCUUUUAGUUAAAAAUAUAUUAUGUGUAACUGUAAUUUUACUUUGAGUAGUUUUUUAGUUACAAAAAUAUUUCCUUUUAUAUUUUCUAGUCCUCAAGUGGGUUUCUUUUCUUUCAUUUUGUAUAAUUUUCUCUUUUGUUAUCUUUUCAUACAUAUUGUUUAUUUGAAUGUUUAUCUUUUGUUUGCAAGUGGAGCUCUGUGAGACUUAUUUCAAAUAUGUCACAGAUGACAUGUUUGAGGUUUUGCCUCUCAAGAGAGCUUGGGAAGUGUGCCCUGUGCUACCCCACCAGUGCUUCUGUUAUGCAUGUCACUGUACCACACUUAAUUUUAAAAGGUGUCAUGAUGACAGCAAUUUGUAAAAGAUCUUUCAGUAUGUGCAAUUCAUUAUUUUCAGGUGUCCCCAUUAUAUAUAUGUGAAUGUCUUGAGAAAAAUUUUGGGGAUGGAGAGAUGACUCAGCAGUUAAGAAGGCAUGGGAUUUAUACUUUUUUCACCUGUGUAUUAAGUAAGUUACUGCUGCAAAGAAUAGCAUAUAAAUAAUGCAAUUAAAUAUGUUGGCAAGAAGAAAGAUAGUAAUGAUAAUCAUCCAACAGUGGCCUUUUGAACUGCUAUAUGUGAAUACAGUAGCAGUAUCCAGAUUAAAUGUGCUAGGGAUUUUCUUCAUUCUUUAUGCAAAUGUUUAUAUCCACAUCUCUCUGGCAGUAGAAGGAAAGUUGACUUCGUGGUCUCUGCUUGUUCCAAUAGUUCACAGUCUAACGCAAUGCUACAGCUGGUACUGCCUUGACCUUGACUUAUGACUUCCAACAGGUGAGGCAAUCCUGAAGUAAGAUUGUGGUACUGUGAUCUUCCUCUCCUCAUCAAAGGAAAGUCUUUCAAGAGUUGGCCAAUGGAGAUGCAUAGUGUUUGAAGCUUCAGCUCUCCUAUAUAUGUAUAUAUUUACUAUAUGGUUGCAGUAAAACUAUUUUAGAGUAUCUAGCUCUUUGGUUUUCUUUAAAUAUAUUAUGAAUUAUUUAAAAAUAUUUCUUUUCGUGUUUUAGUACUAGCAUCUAUCACUGAAAAAAUGAACAUCAAAAUAAAAUGAAUACACUAUUUGUA